CAAAUCCAGAAGGAGGCAGUAAUGCAACGCAUCUCAUUACAGACCCUCAGUGUCGUUGUUGGACUGCAUGUUGGCGUGACUACUCCGUGGCAGUAGGUGGCGGUAAUGCACUGCAUGUCAGUCAUCACUUAAGCCUAACACCAGAAAAAGAGCUUGUUGCUAACUUUCAGACUGGAAGCUGUUUUCAGAAACAAUGGAUCAGAAAAUUCCUUAUGAUGACUACCAGCUCCCAGUGGUAUUUCUGCCUUCGUAUGAGAACCCACCAGCAUGGAUACCUCCACAGGAGCGGGUUAAUCAGCCUGACUACAACAACGAGCUCACCCAGUUCUUGCCCCGUACCAUUGUGUUGAAGAAACCUCCAGGAGCACAGCUGGGCUUCAAUAUUCGUGGGGGAAAGGCGUCACAGCUGGGAAUCUUUAUAUCCAAGGUGGUCCCAGACUCAGAUGCUCACAGAGCAGGGCUACAAGAAGGAGACCAGGUUCUUUCUGUCAAUGAGGUUGAUUUCCAAGACAUAGAGCACUCAAGAGCUGUAGAGAUUCUGAAGACUGCGCGAGAAAUACUGAUGAGGGUUCGCUUCUUUCCUUACAACUACCAAAGGCAGAAGGAGAGGACUGUACAUUAGGUGGCAGCAAAGAAUGCUAGAGGAAGAGAGGUGGACACGCUUCACUGCACGUCUUUACCCCCCUUCCACAAACUCUGGCCUCCAUUCUUUCUCAGCUUCAAGAUGACUGAUGUAUGACUAACAGACUCAUUCAGAGUCCUCCAUGUAAGGACAUCAUAUACUCGGAUUCCUCUCUCACCCAGUUAUCUGAGCAGUCCCUAAUCUACUGUGAUGCAUGACGUUUACUCCAUCAGGAUGAACAUAUUCACUCGUCAAGCCUAACAUUUAUAAAUUCUGCAUUAUUUAAUUAA